AGAAAAAUUAAUUUCCCAUUCUGAAAAAAAAGCGGAUCAACAUUUUUGGUGAAUUUUUCCUGAUCAUAUCCAGUCCUAUGUGUUUGUUUUUCAAAACUCAUUGCCACACAGUACCGAAAAUCCAUAGUUCACGUUACGUAAGUAUAGAUUGUCAGUGCUGACGGUGAAGUUUGACAGGGGGAUUUGUUUUGUUUCGCGGUAACCGGCGCGUGGCGGUACUUUGAAGUAAGUCUCGGCAGCUGUAAUUGUCAAUUUGCUUAGACGAGAUGAGUUUGUGGGUCGACAGAUAUCGUCCAACGACACUUGACAAGUUGGAUUAUCAUCUCCAACAAGCGGAGGAUCUGAAAAACAUGGUACAAAAACGAGAUUUUCCACAUUUGUUAAUACACGGUCCUCCCGGUGCGGGAAAGAAAACACGAAUACUGUGUAUUCUAAAGGAGCUUUACGGGAACGCGGCUGAGAGAUUGAAAGUGGAAAACAUGCAAUUUGAGACAGCAUCUAAAAAGAAGUUAGAAAUAAUGACAAUCUGUAGUAAUUAUCACACAGAAGUAAAUCCCAGUGAUGCGGGGAUACAUGAUAGAAUUGUUGUUAUGGAGUUGAUAAAAGCCACUGCUCAGACGCAUCACAUAGAUGUCGGUCAAAAGAACUUCAAAGUGGUGGUGCUGUCGAACGUCGAUCAGCUCACGAGAGAUGCGCAGCACGCGCUUCGUAGAACAAUGGAGAAGUACAUCAAUUCCUGCCGAUUGAUCCUUUGCGCGAAUUCGACGUCGAGAGUGUUGCCCGCGAUUCGAUCGCGAUGCGUGCGAAUCCGAGUUCCCGCGCCAACCGCCAGCGAGAUAAAAGCUAUCUUACAAUCGAUUUCAAAACGCGAGGGGCUCACUCUGCCCGAUGAAUUAGCCAGUCGUAUAAUCGAGGCCAGCAACAGGAAUCUGAGACGAGCGAUACUAAUGCUGGAAGCUUGUAAAGUCGAGCAAUAUCCGUUCACUGCCGAUCAAAAAGUGACGGAACCCGAUUGGCAAGUGUACAUACGAAACACGGCCGUAAUGAUGAUCUCGGAGCAAUCCGCCAAGGUACUUCUGAAUGCGCGCAAUCGGUUCUACGAUCUGCUCACGCGAUCGAUACCGUGCGACGUGAUAUUCCGGGGUUUGGUGCAGGAAUGCAUAAAAAAUUGCGACGAUCAGUUGAAGAGAGAAAUUAUCGACGUUGCGUCCGAGUAUCAGCACAGAAUGAUACGCGGCUCGAAACCUAUUUUUCACUUAGAGGCUUUCGCCGCGCGAUACAUGGUGAUUUGUAAGAAGUAUCUCGAAUCGUCCUUGGAAGGUUUCAUAUGAAACAAGAGCAUUUAAUUUAAUUGUAUUUACACAUAUUAUUUCUUAUAUUUUUAAACAACGAUACAGUGAUUGUAAUAAAUUAAGUA